AUGGACAUCACAUGCAAGCAAACAACCCAACUCCUCGAUCCUCAGGUCCCAGCUUACCCCAUUUCGCCAGACGAUCUUGCAUAUCUCGUCACCUGGAAUGCGGUCGACAUGUACAAUAUCUUCAUCGCCGGUUCAAUCCCCACUCUUACACCUUUUUUCACAGUAUUUUCACGAAUCCACCAUCUCAGACUACCACCGCUACAACCGCCGCAACGCGCGCCUCAACGGCAACGACGGCACAACCCUUACAUCUUCAGGUGUACCUCCGGGCCGUAG